AUGGAAAGGGGAAACUAUUCCAAAGAAGACUUUUUGAAAGCUUUUCAUGAAUAUAAAAAUGGUGCUACUUCUUCUGCAGUAACAGUUAAAUAUAAUGUUCCGGGAAGUACAAUACGUAAUCACAAAUCUAAUCCAACAAUGAAAAUUGGUGGUGGACGUCCAACCCUUCUAACAAACGAUCAAGAACAAAAGCUAGUAGAAUUAUUAAAAAAUCUUGAAGUUGCUGGCGUUCGUUUAACAAAAUUGGUGGUUAUGAAACUAGCAUCUGAAUAUGUUCAACUUGUUACUAGUAAAUUUGUCGAACUUGGUCGAAAAUGGCUAAAAAACUUUUUACAAAGAUGGCAAGGUGAACUUAAGGUGAUCAGAGAAGAAAAAAUUGAAGCAUCUCGUCGUAAUGGUUUUACUGAAGAUGUACGUCGUGGUUGGUUCGAGAAACUCGAUCUUAUACUUCGUACCAAUAAUUUAAUAACACGACCACAUGCUAUUUAUAAUUGUGAUGAAACCGGUUUCAGUGACGAAACAUCCUGUGAAAUGAUAGUCGUUAGUCAUGAAACAAAACAUGCAUAUGAACAAUCUGGUGGAAGUGGAAAAAAUUUUACUACAAGUUUAAUUUGUGGUAAUGCUGCUGGUGAAAUAUUACCUCCAUUUAUCAUAUAUUCAGCAAAAAUUCUGAAUCCUCAAUGGACUUUUGGUGGACCACCUGGUUCUUCAUUUGCUGUAUCUGAUUCCGGAUGGAUCACAAAGUGUUUAUUCUCCGAAUGGUUUAAUCGGUUUGUUGAACAUACAAGAAAUGUUUCUAAACCGAUACUUUUAAUUAUGGAUAAUCAUGCUUGUCAUAUAAGUAUUGAAGUUAUCGAGGUUGCAAAACAAAAUCAAAUAUUAUUAUUAUUAUUACCGCCGUCUUGUACUCAUGCUUUGCAACCUCUUGACACUGUCACAUUUAGUUCUGCUAAACAAUCUUGGAAACGUAUUGUAACAAAUUAUUUUCUACGAAGUGGUCGUAAAACUAUUCGAAAAAUUGAUUUACCGUUGUUAUUCAACAAAUUGUAUUCAUCAGCAUUUAUACCUAAACAAGUUGUUGCUGGUUUUUCACGUGCAGGCGUUUGGCCAUUCGACUCAAACGCUAUGAAGGACAAAGUUGCAAGACAACCAUUGGCUACAAAACAGAUUAAUCAAUUAUCACAAUCGUUAAAUUCAGCAAAUCAUUCAACAUCUUCAACAACAGCUCUUUUUGAUGCUAGUAACAUCACUCCUGUUACACUAUCGUAUACUUCUGCAUCAUCAUCAUAUUUACAUAAUCAAAAUGUAUCAUCUAUAGUACUCGAUUUUGAUCAUAACAUUGAAAAUGAUUUAAAGUGUAUUUCAAAUGAAAAUAAUUCGGUCUUUAUACCAAUAACAGAACCAAAAAAUAAUUUAUCACUUUCAACAAAUCUUGAUUCACCUUCCUUAUUUGGUCAACUAAUAGGCAACACUCGAUUGCAAAAUACGAAUCCAACUCCACAUACGUCGUGUUCGUCGUUCGUGAAUCCAUUCGAUUUACUUCGUUUUCCAUCAUUUAUUUCUAAUGCAAGUUUAAAUUCAAAUUCAUUCAAUAAUUUCGAUUUGCCAUCAGAUGAAUUCAACGAUUCAGCUUUACCUAUCAAUACAAAUUUGUCGUUCAAACGAAUAGGUGAAUCAAAUGAAAGUUUUUCUAAAGCACCUGUACCUGAUGCUGAUUCGAAUGAAGAAGAUGAUGGACAACAAAUUCUUGGAUUUGAUCCACGCACUUUACCGAAAACAUAUGGACGAUAUUCUCGUUAUCCAAAUGAACAUCAUCAACAACUCACGUCAAUAAUUGAUUUUGAAAAAGAGAAUUAUGAAGGAAAUAGAACAUACACAGAGUUAACAUCAGUUAAUAUGCAACGUUCUGAUCCACCAUCUGAAAACUUCCAACAUGAUUUAUUCAGUUUUGAAAACCAAAUGAUUAAUCCAAUACCAUCAAGACAAUUAAGUCCUUCAAGUGCGGCACGUUCAAUAUUUACUAAUAUACUUCAACAACAUGCACCUUCUUCUUCUUCAUCUUCGAAUAGAAUCAAACGAACAAGAACGGAAGGGAAAUAUGGUGAAGAAAUUACUUCUAGUAAUAGAUUAAAUGAACUAAAAGAAAAAACAACAACGUUAAAUUUGAAGAAACGGUCAAUCAAAUCAACAAAACAAACUAGUUCAACAUCUGUUCUCGCUAGUGGUGCUGAUUUAGAAACAACAACGAGAAAAAAACGUAAGAUAUCAAAACAACACAGUGAAAUUAUAACUUCAUCACAAGCAACACGUGCUAUUGCGACUCUUGAAACACCGUCACCAAGUAAUGAAGGUUCGAAUCAAAAUAAUACUAGUCCAUCUCUUCAAACACAACAACAACAUUCUUCCAAUAACUAA